UUCCACUAAAAAACAAGCAGUGUAAAUGUUAAACAUGCUUCACGACUCAAUUAGCAAAGUUAAUUAAUCUUUCCAUUUCGCGCACUUCUUUGUUGAAUCAGUUCUCACUUAUCAGACAAUUGUUAUUCAAGUAUCAGUGAACAAUCGCACUUCAGGUGAUUUUAUUUUACAAAAAUAGUUAAAAGUCUAAUUUCCAGAACGUAAAUUUCUAAACAUACUUUGUUUUUUCAUCAAUUGUUCGAUUAUUUUGUGUGUUUUUUUGGACGAUUUAAGUCAUUUGUAUGUUUUUUUUAGGUAUUAGAUUUUAAUUAUUAAUUUUCUUCUUCUUCUUUUGUUGAUUAAAUUGAACUUAUACGAAUUAACUAUGUUCUCAUUAUUAUAUUUUUUUGCUUAAUGGAAAGAGUUUUACCUUCCAACCGGAGGGCUGCGGGUUUCGGCCCGAUAUGGCACUUCAUGUUACUUUAGAAAAAAAAAAAAAAAAAAAUUAUGUUGCCAGAUUUUCUCAACAUAAAUCCCAGAAAUCAAUCAGCAAGUACCCAGCGGGUGAGCGGCGGUGAACCGCCGGCUGCUGGUGGUUGGCGGACGACGACUUUGAAGAUGGCGAAUGAUUGAGGGAGAUUGAUUGAAUGUUCCCCCAUUGAUCUGCGCCAUGAUUGAGUAGAGAUGAGAUUGAAUUGAUUGGAAUGAGUCGGAAAGAUGGUGAAUUAGGUUAAUCUUUAUUUAAUUAAGUAAUUGGGAGCAAAUUGCAAAAAUAAUGCUACCAUCGGAAAACAUUUAAAAAGUAAUGCUAUUUGGGAGAAAGUGAAAAAAAAUGGUUAUCAAUGAGAAAAAACCACCCAAAAACGCUACAAUUAAAUCGAUUUUAGUCAUAGUUGUAUGUUUUCCAAUUUGUGAGCAGCUUACUUUUGGUUGACUAGGUGUGAUGUGAGGAUAUAGUUAUUGAUUAUUGACAUAACAUGCAAAUUAGUGUUCAUAUGCAGUAAUUAGUUAGAUUAGUUGUUCGGUGGUUGGUCAUUUAAUUUUAGUAUAUUUUUUUUAAUUUAGUUUAAUUAUAAUAAUGUUGUUUAUAUGCUCUUUUGCUACAGAAUGUGUUAGUGGUUAGUUUUGUCAACUAGUUGGUUCAAUAUUCUCUCCUCCUCCUGAUGACUAAUAGAUCAACCUGUCCUUGUGUCCUGUACUGAUUGCGGUUUUAUCUUGAUCACUUAUCUUGUGCUCUUUACUAAGAGCGUAAAAUCGGGUUAUUGAGAUAAACGGGUUAAUGUAGACGGUAUUUGAUCAGGUAAUUCGAGUUCCACCCCUAGAGACUUUAACCAGCCCAACGAAGGUAGCUAGUUGGCGUCCACAUGGAUGUUUCUAGAUGGGUAUGUAGCUGACUAGGCAAGUAAUUAUGUUACUCUUUUUGAGAUGCUGUACUAUUCAUUUUUUCCAAUAUGGAGCCACACACACAUGUUUGUUCUCGUUCAUUUCUGAAAGGUGGAGUUGAUCAAAUCAUUGUCAUUGUCAUUGUCAUUGUCAUGUAAUAUUAUAUGGUGAAUUGAUUCUUUCUCUACCAUUCAAUCUUGUCCACACAAAGUACAAAUUAAAAAAACUCCUUGAGUUUCUUCAGCAUACCUUUCCCUUCUCUCCACUUUUAUCUAACUUUAACAGACAGCCCACAUCGAUCACCCUCCUGUGUUCUCUUCACUUCCCUGCUUUUACAAUAAUUUGAUCAUAGGAAAUCUCUACAGUUGACUUAUUCAGGUAUUUAUCUUCUUGAUUUCUGCAACCAAGCUGGGAGAUAUCUGAUUCAUUUUCUGGGUUAACCUUCUUCAUAUAUCAAUAGCAUCUGAAUUCUUUUUAUAAAAACCAGUACUCUAUGCAUAGAUAACAUUAGUUUUCAAUGGAAAAGGAGUGGCUGUUGUUUGUAAGCUGGUUGAUUAUCUGGGUAUCAUUACAUACUUAUGAUGUUCAAGGGCUUGGAGUCAAUUGGGGAACGCAAGCUAAUCACAAAUUGCCUCUUAGUACAGUAGUACAGUUGUUAAAGAAUAAUGGUAUUCAAAAGGUCAAGUUGUUUGAUUCUGAUGAGUCUACUUUAAGUGCUCUUACUGGUACUAAUAUUGAAGUUAUGGUUGGCAUUCCUAAUGGUCAAUUGGCUGCUAUGCUUAACUACAAUCAAGCUCUUAAGUGGGUUCGGAGAAAUGUUGUGCGAUACAAUUUCAAUGGAGGAGUCAACAUCAAAUAUGUGGCGGUUGGGAAUGAACCUUUUCUGAAAGCCUACAAUGGCACAUUUGAGAAUGCUACUCUUCCAGCCCUUGAAAACAUCCAAAAUGCUCUGAAUGAAGCAGGGGUAGGAAACAAGAUAAAGGCAACUGUGCCCUUAAAUGCUGAUGUCUAUGAAUCACCAGCGUCCAAUCCUGUACCUUCAGCUGGAAGAUUCAGACCUGAUAUCGCUGGUCUCAUGACCCAGAUGGUCCAGUUCAUGAGCCAAAACAAUGCGCCAUUCACCGUCAAUAUCUACCCUUUCCUCAGUCUUUAUGCUAAUCCUGAUUUUCCUGUCAACUAUGCUUUCUUCGAUGGUGGAGCUACUCCACUUGUAGAUAAUGGGGUCCAAUACACUAAUGUUUUUGAUGCCAACUAUGAUACAUUGGUUUCGGCCUUAAAUGCAGCGGGGUAUGGGACCAUGCCGAUAAUUGUCGGGGAGGUUGGAUGGCCAACGGAUGGUGAUAUCAAUGCCAAUAUUAACAAUGCUGUCAGAUUCUAUCGGGGACUCCUGCCUAAACUUGCAGCUAAUACCGGUACACCUUUGAGGCCCGGAUACAUAGAGAUGUACUUGUUCGGGUUGCUUGACGAGGAUGCAAAAAGUGUUCAACCUGGCUCAUUUGAGAGGCACUGGGGAAUUUUCCGCUAUGAUGGGCAACCGAAAUUCCCUAUGUAUCUCGCCAGUGAAAACCGGGAAAUCACUCUUGUUGGUGCGCAGAAUGUCCAAUAUCUCGAGAAUGAAUGGUGUGAGUUUAACCCAAAUGCUAGGGAUCUGAGCAAGCUGGGAGAUAACAUUAAUUUUGCAUGCACUUAUGCUGAUUGUACUCCUCUUGGGUAUGGAUCUUCUUGUCAUGGCUUGGAUGCUAAUGGGAAUAUCUCCUAUGCCUUUAAUGUGUACUAUCAGACCCAGUAUCAGAAACUUGAGGCCUGCAACUUUGGAGGUUUGGCUAAGCUAACGACGCAGAAUAUCUCCACAGGAAAUUGCAAUUUCACCAUCCAGAUAGCUUCCUCUGGUCUGAGGACUGCUGCAUCUGUGCCUUUCCUUUUGAUUGUUGUGCUUAUAUUUUUGUUCUUUUAGGUUUCAUCUUGUAGAUAUUUUGGUUAUACUUCUUUUACAUUUUCGCUGUCUCUAUAUUCAGAGAUUUUUAUGCCAGAACUUGGCAUAUUCUUUUUUGAUGAUUCAUGUAUAGAAUGUUGGCUGCAGAGUUGUUUAUCGUUGUAGGGUUAAGAAAUACAAUAGCUUCCAUCUUUA